UCAAGCAGCCGUGAUUGCCGAUACAUACUAGCACUUUUCCCCCAAAAAUUAUCCAAGAUGUCCAAGCUUAGCCUGAUCCUGUUUACCGCCGCCGCCCUUCUGGGUUGCUUUGUGGCCCAAGGAUCUGCGGGAACGCUGCCCGUGGAUAGCAGUGCCCGUCAGCAUCAGAUCAAGGUGGUGAAGGAUAUCCGUGCCUUUGUCGCCCAGCAUCCGGGUGUACAACUUCAACGUAUGGAGAAGCAGACCCGCGUUGGCAGCCAGGUUGUUCGUUACAACAUGGGAGCCCGUAUUCCUGGUGACCAACUGGUGGCCCAGGGUGCCGAUCACUUUGAGUAUCCUCGUUCCCAGGACGUAAGCAUGCAGCUCUCCUAUCCGGAAGAAGGCACAGGAGCCAUUGUGUCCUACGUGGAGUUAGUGUGCACCCAGGACUCCAACGAUGGCAGUGCCUAUGUGGUCGCCGGUGGCAUUGGUCAGCGCUUCAUCUCCAUUGUCGUGGAGGCCAGCAACACCAGGAACUUCUCGUACCAGGCUCAGUACUACGGUGUGAGGGAUUAGGCCAUAGAUAUCUGUUUUCCCAAGGCUCCAAUUUAAAAUAUAUAUAUAUGGUUAUGAACAUCUGUGACUCUAGUUAA